UCAAGAAAACUCAAAUUUCAACCAUCUUUUGUUUGGGUCAAUAUAAUUGCUUAUAUACAAUAACGACACCGCACAAACAGUUGCAGAACACGACACCAACAAAACCCAAUUUUCAACCAACUUUGGUCCUGGAAAUUUCAUAUAAUCGAAGUCACGUAUAUUUCAUCACACCAAACUCUCGUCUCUCCCAUUCAAUCCAUCCAGAAAACCAAAACACAGAGUCGAAAUCUCGAUUUUACUUUAAUGGGGUACCUUUCCUGCAGAGCUCAAUCAGCCAUCUCCGUCGCCAAUUCCCAAACCUCAUCGUCCAAAACCACCGCCACCGCCACCCCGGAAAACCCCAUCAAGAUCCAACACUUCGACUACAGUGAUCUUGUCGCCGCCACCAAUGGCUUCUCCGACCAGAAGCUUUUAGGCAAAGGCAGCCAUGGCUACGUUUACAAAGCUGUGCUCCGUGGCCGUCUUGUUGCCGUCAAAAGACCCUCGAGAGCUCACAGCCAGAGACUCCGACCCACCUCGUCUUCUGGGCCGGAGACCGCGAACGAGGUCGACAAUGAGCUCGAGAUCUUGUCCAAGAUUCAGAGUCCGAGGCUGGUCAAUCUUUUGGGGUUUUCGAAUGAUUCGAAAGAAAGGCUUUUGGUGGUGGAGUUCAUGAGCAACGGUACGCUGUACGAUGUUUUGCAUUCGAGUACAAAUCGGCCUCCGAAUUGGGGUCGUAGGAUUAGAUUAGCUUUGCAAACAUCUAAGGCAAUUGACAUUUUACAUUCAUCGAACCCACCUGUAAUUCAUAGAGAUAUUAAGUCUGCUAAUGUUUUGAUUGAUCGUAGUUACAAUGCCCGGUUGGGGGAUUUUGGAUUGGCUCUGAGGUACUGCCAGUUCGACGAGUAUAGGCUCCGGUCCACCCCGCCGGCGGGGACGAUGGGGUACUUGGACCCUUGCUAUGUGACCCCCGACAAUUUGAGUACUAAAACUGAUGUUUUUAGUUUUGGGAUUUUGUUGUUGGAGAUUAUAAGUGGUAGGAAGGCUAUUGAUGUUGGGCAUUCUCCGCCUUCGAUCGUUGAUUGGGCUAUCCCGCUUAUAAAGCGAGGGAAGCUGAUAACGGUUUAUGAUCCGCGAAUUGUACCUCCUAAAGACCCUGUUGUGAGGAAGCAAUUAGCUGUGAUUGCAGCCAAGUGUGUGAGGUCUUGUAGGGAGCGUAGGCCAUCGAUGAAGGAGGUCGUGGUUUGGCUUACUGGGUUGAGUAAACUGGUUCCCCUGCAUUCGUGGAAUGGUUUUAACAAUCCAUGUACAAUGGUAGAGACCAUGGGGCGCCCGGUUGAAUCAAGGAAUGCACAUUUGACUUCGAAGCUAGAGGGUGUUGGAGAAGAGAAUUUGGAAGCCCUAGAAGCGAAAUUGACUAGGCAAGCGUUGAGGAAUUCGCGGCGAGUUUAUUCAGAUUUGGGGUUUAGCACCAAUCUGAUGGAGCUUAUGGCAGGUACUGAUGGGGAGUCGGAGUUCCAUGGUAACGCAGAUGGAGAUAACUCCAGUUCAAAAUCGGCGAAUCUGGUUUCUAGAUUUGGUAGUGCAAGAUAUAUUGGUAGGAGUAAUCAAUCAACUCCUGGUAAUGGGAAAGGAGUCCCUGAUUUGAUGCAAAAUCAUUCUUUUGGGAAAAAGUCAUUUACAUGUUCAAGGAGAGAUGAUGCAAUGCCUCAUGUGAGCGGCAAUUCUCGUGCAGCUGCUGGUAUACAGCUUGCUGCAUAAAUUUGAUUUAUGUGAAUAGAACGAAGGCAUGUAAGCUUUCUUGCUUGCAAAUUUUACAUUGAUGCAGAUUUGUUGCUCUCUUAUUUGUUCUUGGUUUUGCUUCCUCACGUCUUGUGAUUCGUUAAUUUGUUAAUGUGUUGUUAAUUGAUCUCCCCAAUUGUAAGUUGUUUGAUCAUUUUUGUUUUUUGUCUUGUAAGUUGUUUAAUGUCGACGAAUGAUAUGAAGAUUUUUGUAGUCUGAAAGUUCACAUAUGUCAAAUGCCAAGUGAUACCGCUUUUGAUCUUUGUAGUUCUGCAUCUUUGUUACCGCAUUGUUCAAAUUUCAGGGAUCCUUAGGAUUUGCCGAGUCAAGAGUAAUGUUUUGAAGAACUGUGGCUCGUUGCACUGCAUAUGCCUUCAAAUUUUGUAAUGUCUUGUUUAUAUUCAGAUGAACAGAAGAACAGGCAAUCUGUUUUUGGUUCAAGUGUGUGUGCAUACCACUAGAUUUAUGUUUAGUUGUGAGCCUCAUAGAUGUCUAUGCGACUUUGUUUUUUGUUAGGCUUUGAUUGGUGUCCACGUAUUCGAUAAUUCACUGGAUUCAGUGCGUGUCAAAGGAAGCAAUGGAUACUUUUGUUCAAGUUGAAAGUUGAAGAUGUACAAGUCACGAAGAAAACGUCUCUUCUAAUCCACACGAAAUUGUAGAAUGGUAUCAAUCUACAAGUUUUAUUUUUAUUUUUAUUUUUGACCAAAAUUUCCCAUGCUUCGAAAAUUACUCUCAAUUUUUUUUUCUUUCCAUAUUUUAGUACGUAUUCUUGCAACAGAAGCCAUGAAAGUGUAUAGUGCAUCAUGAUGAAAA